AUGAUUGGUCGUCUCUGGGGCUGCUUCAACCCGCCCACCCCUCCAAAAAGCAGCGAUGCCAUCAAAUUUGGCGUUUUGGGAGCUGCCGGCAUUGCGCCCCUUGCCUUGUUCACUCCCGCCAAAUCACAUCCCGAAGUCGUGAUCCAGGCCAUUAGCGCUCGUGAUCGCAGCAAAGCAGAAGCUUAUGCAAAAUCUUACGGUAUUCCCGAGGUCAGAGAUACUUAUCAAGAAAUCCUUGAUGAUCCCAACAUUGAUGCCAUCUUCAUCCCUCUACCAAACGGCCUGCAUUUUGAGUGGGCGGUUCGAGCCAUCCGCGCCGGGAAGCAUGUGCUACUUGAGAAACCUUCCGUGUCCAACUCUACCGAAGCCGAAAUCCUCUUCAACCUGCCCGAGCUGAACCAACCCAACGGGCCCGUGCUACUCGAAGCGUUCCAUAGCCGCUUUUACCCUUCUUGGGCUCUGUUCAACUCAUUAGUCGACCCCGCCGAAGUCGAGCACGUCGAGUCGCGCUCCAUGAUCCCCUGGUGGGCCAGCAAUAAGGAUCAGAUUCACUUCAACUACAACCUGUCAGGCGGCACUAUCAUGGCCAUGGGCACUUACAAUUUUGCCGCGCUGCGUCUGCUCUUUGGCGAAAGCCCAGAGGAGUGCAUCAGCUGCGACGUCAAGGCGUACACAGACGGCAUACAUGACAAGUGUGACUACGAGUUCAAGGCUACGUUCCGGUUCCCCAACGGCGGCACCGGCGUGGCCUCUAGCACGCUGAUGGGCGAAACCGUGAUGAAGCCAUCGUGGGUUACAGUCAAGACCAGGGAGACGACGAUUCCCAAUAACAAUUUGCCCGUUGGCCAGCAACAGUAUCAAAAGCGUGAGCUGACGCUGCAAGGCCUCAUCCACGGCGUCUUCUGGCAUCGCAUCGACAUCAAGGAGAUUAACGAAGUUCGAACAAAGGAUGGCCAAGUUGUCAGGCAAUGGGAGGAGACCACCUCCCGCAAGGCGUACACUUGGAAAGAAGCUGGUGGCGAGUUUUCUCAUCUUCCUGGAGAGACUCACUGGAUGUCCUACAGACACCAGCUCGAGCAGUUUGUCAACAAGGUCAAGGGGCGCAAGACGCAGUUCUGGGUCGAGAGGGAAGACUCGAUUGCCCAGAUGAAGAUGGUCGACAUGGCGUAUGAGAGGAGCGGGCUGGGGCCUAGGCCGACCAGUUCGUUCAAGUGA